GGGCGUUGGACCCCGCAUCUUAUUAGCAACCAGGGAGAUUUCUCCAUUUUCCUCUUGUCUACAGUGCGGCUACAAAUCUGGGAUUUUUUUAUUACUUCUUUUUUUUUUUUAAACUACACUUGGGCUCCUUUUUUUGUGCUCGACUUUUCCUCCCUUUUUCCCUCCCUCCUGCGCUGCUGCUUUUUAUCUCUUCGACUUAAAUCUUUUUACCCGGAGUGUAUUUAAUCGGUUCUGUUCUGUCCUCUUCACCACCCCCACUCCCCCCUCCCUCCGGUGUGUGUGCUGCUGCUGCCGCCGCCGCUGCUGCUGCCGCCGCCGCUGCUGUUGCCGCUCGCCCCGUCGUUACACCAACCGGAGGCUCUUUGUUCCCCCCUUGGAUCUGUUGAGUUUCUUUGUUGAAGAAGCCAGUAUGGGUGCCCAGUUCUCCAAGACCGCUGCGAAGGGAGAAGCCACCGCGGAGAGGCCCGGGGAGGCGGCUGUGGCCUCGUCGCCUUCCAAAGCGAAUGGGCAGGAAAAUGGCCACGUGAAAGUAAACGGCGACGCCUCUCCCGCGGCCGCCGAGCCGGGCGCCAAGGAGGAGCUGCAGGCCAACGGCAGCGCCCCGGCCGCCGACAAGGAGGAGCCCGCGGCCGCCGGCAGCGGGGCGGCGUCGCCCGCUGCGGCCGACAAGGAGGAGCCGGCCGCCGCCGCCCCCGAAGCCGGGGCCAGCCCCGCGGAGAAGGAGGCCCCCGCGGAGGGCGAGGCCGCCGAGCCGGGCUCGCCCUCGGCCGCGGAGGGAGAGGCCGCGUCGGCCGCCUCCUCGACGUCUUCGCCCAAGGCCGAGGACGGGGCCACGCCCUCGCCCAGCAACGAGACCCCGAAAAAAAAAAAGAAGCGCUUUUCCUUCAAGAAGUCUUUCAAGCUGAGCGGCUUCUCCUUCAAGAAGAACAAGAAGGAAGCGGGAGAGGGCGGGGAGGCCGAGGGCGCAGCCGGCGCCUCCGCCGAAGGCGGCAAGGACGAGGCCGCCGGGGGCGCCGCUCCAGCCGCCGCAGAGGCGGGCGCGGCCUCCGGGGAGCAGGCGGCGGCGCCGGGCGAGGAAGCCGCGGCGGGUGAGGAGGGGGCGGCGGGCGGCGACCCGCAGGAGGCCAAGCCCGAGGAGGCCGCCGUCGCGCCCGAGAAGCCGCCCGCCAGCGAGGAGACCAAGGCCCCCGAGGAGCCCAGCAAGGCCGAGGAGAAGGCCGAGGAGGCCGGGGCCAGCGCCGCUGCCUGCGAGGCGCCUUCAGCCAGCGGGCCCGGUGCGCCCCCGGAGCAGGAGGCGGCGCCCGCGGAGGAGGCGGCGGCCGCAUCAGCCUCGUCAGCCUGCGCAGCCCCCUCACAGGAGGCCCAGCCGGAGUGCAGUCCAGAAGCCCCCCCAGCGGAGGCGGCAGAGUAAAAGGGCCCGAUUUUUGAGAUAAUCGAAGAACUUUUCUCCCCCCGUUUGUUUGUUGGAGUGGUGCCAGGUACUGGUUUUGGAGAACUUGUCUACAACCAGGGAUUGAUUUUAAAGAUGUCUUUUUUUAUUUUACUUUUUUUUUAAGCAGCAAAUUUUGUUCCCCCUCCUUCCCCACAGAUCCCAUCUCAGAUCAUUCUGUUACCACCAUUCCAACAGGUCGAGGAGAGCUUAAACACCUUCCUCUGCCUUGUUUCUCUUUUGUUUUUAUUUUUUUGCAUCAGUAUUAAUGUUUUUUGCAUACUUUGCAUCUUUAUUCAAAAAUGUAAACUUUCUUUGUCAGUCUAUGGACAUGCCCAUAUAUGAAGGAGAUGGGUGGGUCAAAAGGGAUAGCAAAUGAAGUGAUAGGGGCCACGAUGGGGAAAUUGAAGUGGUGCGUAACAUUGCCAAGAAUAAUGUACCACUAGAAAUGAUGGUGUAAAGGCUUAGUCUUUUUUUUUUUUAAAGUUAUUACGUUGUAUUUUGUGAGGCAGGUUUACAACACUACAAGUCUUGACUAAGAAGGAAAGA